CAUGCGCGGUGUGUGUGUGUCAGCGGGUUGGUUGGGCUUGUGUUUACAGCUCGGCUGGAUGCUGUUUGGCUUUGGCUGAUGUUAUUGGGGAAAGUGCAAUGUUGUGCCAACCGCCAUUGGACUAAAACACAACUGUGGGAUUAAAGGUGAUUUUGCUCAUCAUCUCCCACCACUUCCUCCUCCCGUCUUCCAUUCAUGAGCAGCGUGGCUGAGUUUAACAGCGGCAGCCAUGGAUGACAAGGGCUCGGUGGGGAAGAUUAGCGUGUCUUCGGACUCAGUGUCCACUCUCAACAGUGAGGACUUUGUCCUUGUGUCCCGGCUGGGGGACGAGACACCCUCCUCCACUAAUAAUGGUAGUGAUGACGAAAAGACAGGACUGAAGGUGAUUUCUGAGGAAGGGGUCAGCUUUAAGAUUGUGGGGAAUGGAAGCGAGCAGCAGCUCCAGAGGGAGUUAGAAGAUGUCCUCAUGGACCCAUCGGUAGCUGACACUGGGCUCGUAUCAGAAGCAGGAAUGGACAGCCUUGGUGGGAGCAACCAUGGCCUUCUUUCCACUACAGCGUCACCUGUAGCGCCGGGCUCCGACCCUCUGAGUGCACCGCCGCCCAAGUUGGAGAUGGCGCUUCCUGUUCAGACAGCUCAGGAGAGUGAGCUGAAUGAGAGGUCAUACCGAGCAGAUGAAUCGUCAUCAGACGGCAGUCCUGGAAGUCCCAUCCCAGACGAGGACAGUGUUGUGUUCAGCCAGCUGACAUAUCUGGGGUGUGCCUCGGUCAAUGCCCCCCGCAGUGAGGUGGAGGCUCUCCGGAUGAUGUGUAUCCUCAGAAGCCAGUGCCAAGUCCCCUUGGAUGUCACACUGUCUGUGCCAGGCGUGUCCGAAGGCACUGUCAGAUUGUUGGACCCCAAUGCCAGUACGGAGAUCGCCAACUAUCCAAUCUACAAGAUUCUGUUCUGUGUACGAGGCCAUGAUGGCACACCAGAGAGCGACUGCUUUGCCUUCACUGAGAGCCACUACAAUGCUGAGAUCUUCAGGAUCCAUGUGUUCCGCUGCCAAAUCCGUGAAGCGGUGAGCAGGAUACUGUACAGCUUUGCCACAGCGUUUCGGCGGUCGGCUAAGAAGGCAGUUCUGUCAUCUCAGCAGGCUGCUCCCCUCACCCCUGACAGUGACUUGUUUACCUUCACCGUCAGCCUGGAAAUCAAGGAAGAUGAUGGCAAGGGUACUUUCAGCGCUGUGGCAAAAGACAAAGACAAGCAGAGCUUCAAGCUGCGUGCAGGAAUGGACAAGAAAAUUGUCAUUUAUGUCCAGCAGACCUGCAAUAAGGAACUGGCUAUUGAGAGGUGUUUCGGUCUCCUGCUCAGCCCAGGGAAAAAUGUGAAGAACAGCGACAUGCACCUGUUAGACCUGGAGUCUAUGGGAAAGAGCUCAGACGGGAAGUCUUACAUCAUCACAGGAAGUUGGAACCCUAACACGCCUCAGUUCCAGGCUGUGAAUGAGGAAACGCCCAAAGAUAAGUUCAUGUACAUGACGACAGCAGUAGACCUGGUGAUUACAGAGGUGGAGGAGCCAGUCCGCUUUCUGCUGGAGACGAGGGUCAGAGUGUGCUCCCCAAAUGACAGGCUGUUCUGGCCCUUCAGCAAGCGUAACUACACCGAGACCUUCUACCUUAAACUGCGGCAGAUGGAGCGCAAGGAGCGUAAGAGUCCUGCCUCUGACACACUUUACGAGGUGGUGAGUUUGGAAAGUGAGACCGAGAGAGAGAAACGAAAGACUACUGCCAGUCCUGGCAUCCUGGCCACCGGGUCUGGUACCAUGGUACCUUCGCCACCUGAGGAUGAUGAAGAGGAAGACAACGAUGAGCCGUUACUCAGUGGGUCAGGUGACGUUUCCAAGGAGUGCGCAGAGAAGAUCCUGGAAACCUGGGGAGACUUGUUGUCCAAGUGGCAUAUGAACUUAUCAGUGCGUCCCAGGCAGCUGCCAGCUUUGGUCCGCAGUGGCAUCCCUGAGGCUCUCCGUGGGGAGGUGUGGCAGCUCCUGGCAGGUUGCCACAACAAUGACCACCAGGUAGAAGAGUACCGGACUCUUAUUACGAAGGAAUCCCCUCAGGACAGCGCCAUCACCAGGGACAUUAACAGGACAUUUCCAGCUCAUGACUACUUCAAAGACACUGGAGGAGAUGGACAAGACUCCCUCUACAAGAUCUGCAAGGCUUACUCCGUUUACGACGAAGAGAUUGGUUACUGCCAGGGACAAUCCUUCUUGGCUGCUGUGCUGCUGCUGCACAUGCCAGAGGAGCAAGCUUUCAGUGUGCUGGUCAAGAUCAUGUUUGAUUAUGGGCUCAGGGACCUCUUCAAGCAGAACUUUGAAGAUCUGCAUUGCAAGUUCUUCCAACUUGAGAGACUCAUGCAGGAAUAUAUACCAGACCUGUACAACCAUUUCCUGAAUGUGGGUCUGGAGGCUCAUAUGUACGCUUCUCAGUGGUUCCUCACUCUGUUCACAGCCAAGUUUCCUCUUUACAUGGUCUUCCACAUCAUUGACCUGCUACUGUGUGAGGGCAUCAGCGUGAUCUUCAAUGUAGCCUUGGCACUUCUGAAGACAUCAAAAGACGAUCUGAUCCAGACAGACUUCGAGGGUGCACUCAAAUUCUUUCGUGUCCCAGUUCCAAAGAGGUACCGAUCUGAGGAAAAUGCAAAGAAACUGAUGGAGCUGGCUUGUAGCAUGAAGAUCAGCCAGAAAAAACUGAAGAAAUUUGAGAAGGAGUACCACACCAUCAGGGAGCAGCAGGAGCAACAGGAGGCCCCCAUCGAGAGAUAUGAGCGGGAGAACCGUCGUUUGCAAGAGGCAAACAUGCGUUUGGAGCAGGAGAAUGACGACCUGGCACAUGAACUAGUCAGCAGCAAGAUAGCCCUGCGUAAAGACCUCGACAACGCGGAGGAGAAGGCAGACGCCCUGAAUAAAGAGCUGCUGCUGACCAAACAGAAACUGGUGGACUCUGAGGACGAGAAGAGACGACUGGAGGAAGAGUCUGCACAGCUGAAGGAGAUGUGCCGACGAGAGCUUGAUAAAUCUGAAUCAGAGAUUAAGAAGAACGGCUCCAUUAUUGGAGAAUAUAAGCAGAUCUGCUCCCAGCUGAGUGAACGACUGGAGAAACAACAGACAGCCAACCGAGGAGAACUGGAGAAAAUCCGGUCCAAAGUGGAAGGCUGUGAGAAGUGCAGUAGUCUUUUCAACAAAGAGGGUCGUGUACGGGCCGCCGUGACCACGGCACCUGCAGGAGGGAGCGAGGAGACGGAUGAGGAGAAGGAGGGUUUGAAGAACCAGCUGAGAGAGAUGGAGCUGGAACUAGCCCAGACCAAACUGCAGCUGGUGGAGGCCGAGUGCAAAAUCCAGGACCUGGAACACCACCUGGGUCUGGCCCUCAACGAGGUGCAGGCCGCCAAGAAGACCUGGUUCAACCGAACGCUCAGCUCCAUCAAGACCGUCACUGGGACCCAGGGCAAGGAGACCACCUAACAUGAUAACCCCCCAUCAUCCAGUUUUACCCAGACCCAUGUCUUGAGCUCAGUGCAACUCACCACGCUGAAACCUCUGGACGCCUAAUUUAACACCACUGGGCCCAUAACUUUAACUUGAACGUUGACCGUUAAAUCCCAGGAUGACCAUUACUACAGACUGUGUUAUUCGUUCUUAUCGAAAAAAAAUCGUGUCUCUGUUCCCACCCCCUUCUGAUCUAAUUAACCCCCCCCAUCCAUUUCUUCCCCCCUCUCCAACCCGAAUGACUACAGCCUAACCGUGCUGAUGAGAAGGGGUUGAAAAACACAAGAUGAAGUACAAUGGUACCACUUCCCCCCCAGAGAAACAAUGUGCUUCCACCGAUCACAGAAAGAAAACGCAAAAGAGAAAAGUUUCAUUUAUUCUUUGUCUUUGUACUGCUGAUAUUAAAGACCCGCAGAAGGAAGGUAGGACAUCUGAACUGCAACUGUCCUGAUGGGAUACGGAUGAAAACACUCCGUCCUUCCUUACUGUUCUGCGUGCUCCCCUCCCUCCCUCCUUUAAACUACUGGCACAAACCAACCAGUCCCCCUGUAAAAUAUUUGUUUUAGGUACGAGAGCUAAUAGACGCCUUUUCAAAACUGAGCUUUUUCUAAUUUACGUUGAAUACUUUUUUUCUUUUUUCUAUGUAUGUACAUGAAUGUGCUUAUGUAAAGAGGAUACGUGUGUGUGUAAGUGUAAGUGUGCAUGUUUUUUUGUUGUUUUUUUUGUUUUGUUUUGUGCCGACUGUGAGGUGUAUGUGUUCGUGUGUGUGUGAGCGCACGAGUGUUUGAAUGCAUAAAGAAUCGACUGAAAUAAUGUUAAAAUGUGUGUAUAAAAGAAAGGCGAGGGCGUGUAGAAGUCCAAGGGGAAAGAAAAAAGCACUAAGGUUAUGAGUGUGUGCAUGCAUGUAAGGGAGGUCUUCCCUGAUUGUCUAGUUAUCCUGUUCAAAUGUGUAUAUGAAUGAUGCUAAAGAAAAGUUUGCUGACAAAGCCUUGAUCUGAAGGUCGCUAAAGAUGAUACUAGUGGACAUAAAUUAUAUAAAAAAUACAAAUGCAUACGUGCUGUUGUGAUUACCAACAGCAGCUUUCACUUUUGCUCACAUCAAGUUUCAGUCAUAAAACAUGCUGGAGGUUUGUUUGGUUUGGAUGUUCCAGCACAAAGAAACUAAAAAAAUAAAAUAAAAAGAAGCUCCAAACCAUCCGAACCUCUGCGUGUGUUAUAGAGUAUGUGUAUGUUUGUAUGUUAGAACACUGUUUCACCCCAGAGUGGUGCGAUACUUACAGGAAGUCAGAAUGAAAAACACACACACACACAAGACGUUGUAAUUCCUGCGUUAAAACCCGCCCCCUCUCUCCAGCUGUGACCUGUGACCUUGACUGACAGGGUGGCAGGCCGUGUUGUGUUUUAUUUUUCACAGUUUAGUCAGAGCGUUUGAGAUCUCUUUUACCACUACACACACACACUGAUUUUAACAUAGAGGCGGGUACGGUGACACUCAGCGGCCACUUUAUUAAGAACACCUGCCUGUUAAAGCAUCUGUGUCCUCCUGACGUGCACGAUCACGAGGUUUUUUUUUUGGCUCACUUUCUGGCAAAAAAAAAAAAACGAAUGAAUGAGGAUGGUCAUCUUUACAGAAGCAGUGCAGUCAGCAGCAAAAAAAAACAACAACAAAUGCCUUGUCAGCGAAAGAGGUCAGAGAACAAUGGCCACAAAACAGAUUCGUUCAGCACAGUGAACCAGUGUUAUGCAUGUUUUUGUUUUUUUUUACUUUCGAUGAGGCAGUAGGACCCUGAUUACUGAAUCUGGGUGAUUGAUGAUUGGAAAAAGUCUACAUGACACAUAAAUGAUUCUGCUGACGCAUGCUGUCACAAAUGACACAAACAGUUUGAAUCCUGUGUCGAGGUAAAGGCGGCGUACCGUCGUCCUCGCGGCUCAUACGGCACAUAGAGGCAUGUGUAACAAAGCACUCGUCGCCUCGAGAUGGAUCCAACGACAUGACAGAAAACUCGUGUUUAUUCCGGCUGCUUGCGCUCGCUUCAGUAAAGCGCCUUUGGGGAUGAGGUGGAACAGGAUAACCACAGCACCAGCAUCCAAAAAAAAUAAAUAAAAAUCUGCAGAUGUUAAAAAUAUUGGUGGCCACUGAGUGUAAACACACACAUAUAUACACACACACCGUUGUGAAUGUAAGGGCAGAAAAGUCACACGCAUAAAGACAUUUAGCUGCCACAAGUGUAACUCUGCACCUUGGAUCGGUGUCGCGGGAGUUACGCUGUCAGUCGCAGGACUUCAGAGUGAUGCCAUCAGAGGUCAAACUGGCAAGUAACUCUAAAUCAGUCCAGAGGGGCCGAGGAGGGGGGUUUAAAAAGUGCUUGCUUGUGUAUGUGUGUGUUCUCAUAUUUAGCUGACUAGAAAGGGAGCUCGACAAUAUUCCAACUUCUAUUCAUACUUUACUAAUCAUAUUAGACUGAAGCAAAAAGCUUUCUUUGCCGGGUCUAAAAUGAACCGUUACUGUAAAUUGCAUCUAACUUGAACUUGAUUGAAUCUGAUUGGCUGGGAUCUACUUGUGAUGUCAGUGGGAACGUCCAGAAGAGGUCGAAACAAAGGUGGAGAUGGCCAUUCCUCUAAAGGCACUGGGUUGUACAUAACAAACAUUUAAAAAAAAAAAUGAAUAUUGAGUUUUUUUUGUUUAUGAUUUUCUACUCUGUAACUAUAACUAAUGUUGCCUACUUGUUACCAACCUACCUGCUGCCGUGCUACAGUUUAAUCCACAAUGAUGUUUUAUGUUUUUAAUGUUUAUUUUUUGCUCCAAGCUUCUCAGUCUGACUGCUGUUUGGUUUAAUUAAAUGCCAAAACGUAGCUUUAUCAUUCAACAACAAAAACAUUAUCAACGUGUGGAAAUUGUAAUAGUGUAGGAUGCAUUGUGUAUACUUCAUGAAUUUCAAUAUAAAGAUAUCAACACAAAAAA